GCUCGACAAGGCAGGACACUCAACCGUCGCCGACUCCAUUGGGACGUAGCUCGUCGAGGCAGGUGAAUCGUUCGUCGUCGGUGAGGCUUUGCAGCCCAUAGCAAUCGUCUUCAUUCCAGCAGUGAUGGGAAAAAGGAAGGCUGUGGAAGGUGAAAAAUCUGGAUACACCUUCUGGCCAGAGAAGUGUGAUAAACCAUUUGUGGAGUGCAUUUUGGAGUGUGUUGAGAAGCGGCUCAUAGUGGAUGGCAUUUGUAAGAACGGAGUGUAUGGUAUUCUUGAGAAGAUGAUGUUGGAAAAGGUUCCGGGCUGUGGAAUAAGAGCUAAGCCGCAUAUAGAGGGUCGAUUCAAGAAAUGGAAGAAGAUAUGGCAUGCAACGACACUUAUGAGAAAUCAAAGUGGAUGGGGAUGGGAUGAGAUUAAUAAGUGUGUCAUCUGUCCAGAUGAUCAGUGGCCUGCAUUCGAGCUGAAGCAUCCAAACUGUGGUGGUCUGAACAAGAAACCAUUUCCGGUUUAUGAUGACCUGACACCAGUAUUCUGCAAAGGUCGUGCAACUGGAGAUCAUGGGGUUGACACCAAUGAUCCAAUCUGUUUGGAUGGAACAUCAGCAGAAGAGUAUGACAUUCCAAAUCCUGACUAUGACGAGGUGACUGUUGAGCUGAUGGAGGAAAUCAAUGCAGAGUUAGCUGGUCAAAAAAAGCAGCCUGCAAGUGUGACUGCUUCAAUGGAUGGUGCUCCACUGAAAAAGAAGAAGAAAAAGGGUAUGACUGUUGAAGAACGCCUCACUGAUGCAAGUGGAGAAAUGAGAGAUCUCCGUCCUCUGAUUAAGCAGUCCGUUGAUACAAUUGCUAGGGCACUUGGGGAAAGUGAUGAACUGAAUACUAAGCGAGAUAAUCUGGUGCAGAGUUUGGAGCAGCUUGGUGGGCUUACCAGAGCUGAGAUCCUUACUGCAAUGAGGCUGCUUUCCAACAAUGAUCGAGACUUGAUGGCAUUCUAUAGGUUAGAAGACAUAUUAGACAAGAUGAUGUUUGUGAAAGGGUUGCUAGGUUGA